ACCAGAUACAUUGUACAUACUGUUUAUAACACAGAUUGGCCAGUGUAAGGUUAACUGGUGUCAUUCAGUCUCCUACAGUCAGUAACAAUCCGCUCACUGCUAAUCACGACUAUGAAUAACUCGACCACGACUUCUGUUAAUAUAACAACCACUGAUGAUAUUCCCACUGUGACAUGGAAACGGGUCAUAACUGGUAUAGUUCUGUACGGAAUUGUGCUUCUGACAAUAUUUGGAAACAGUUUAGUGCUAGUAGCAGUGGCGAAAACUAAAAGGUUACAAACAGUGUUUAAUUUCUACGUCAUCAACCUUGCAAUUACUGAUAUAUUAGUGGCAGUGUGUGGCAUGAGUUUCUACACCACCAACACUGUACUCGGCUACUGGCCUUUCGGGUCCUUCCUGUGCGGAGUUUGGAUUUUCUUUGACUACGGAAUGACCUUCGCCUCUGUGUUCACCCUUAUAGUAAUAUCUAUAGACAGAUUCUGGUCAGUGACAUGGAGCGUGCACUACCGGGCACAUCACAAUAAGAGCAAGUGCAUUCGGCUUAUCAUUGCUGUCUGGGUAUUCAUGAUCGUGUUGUGGCUGCCUCCGUGUGUGUUAGACAGGGUGAACAAUGCCGUACCAGGGCAAUGUAUAUGGGAACCGUCAAAUAAUAAAGAAUUCGUGAUCGUCAUAGCAACCAUCGGACACCAUGGCUCUUUUGCAAUACUUCUCAUUUGUUACAUUCGCGUUUUUUACGUUUUGAGAAAAAGAAAUAAUUUAAAUUUGGUGGGACCACUACAGAAGGUACAAGACCAGCCUAGCACGUCUAGGGUAGUCAAUGGCAUAUCAAACAAGAUCGACGAAAGUCAGUCCAAAGAUUCCAUCGAGGAAAGCGCAGUUGCAAAAGGUACAGUCGCGAACAAAAAGAUAGAAAUAAAGAAGUCACCAACAAGCUUGUCACCACCUAAUCGAAACGGAAUCCACCUCGAUCCCAUUUCCAUUAUAACCAUUCCGUCGACUAGUCAAAUAAAACCCGACGCAGCAAUGGUUAACAACGAUGAUGUAAAAAAGCAAAGGCAACAGCUGAAAAGUGACAGAAGAAACGACCGACACGAGAGGCGAGUGUUCAUAACGUUAACCUACAUUUUGAUUGGUUAUAUAAUCUCCUGGCUUCCAUUUCACAUCGUUUUUGACGUCAGUGCUAUAGCACCAGAUAAAGUGUCAACAAACGUGUUUGUGAUUACCUUCUGGAUGUCCUACUGUAAUUCAACAAUCAAUCCAUUUUUGUAUAACUUCAGUAGCACGGAUUUCAGGAACGCUUUCCGUGAAUUGUUGUGCAGAAAAUGAAAUACAUGUACAUUGAAAAAGCAAUAUUUUGAUUGGACGGACCUCCACUCAGUGUUGUGUAAUAAGGAUGUUUUACGGAGAGAAUCAUUCAAGCUGGUAUGACUUGUCGUCUGAUUCUUUGGCACUUUACUGCGAUAAUAUAUGUUAUUCUAUGAAAACUUGAGUGAUGCUAAUCGAAGUAGUGACAAACCGUUUUACAAAUGCACUAUUAAAUCUCGACAUCGAUUAUCGCAUUAAUAUGGAUAUAGGCACAUACACAUUGACGUCAUCCAAUGUGAAAUAAGUAUCACAUAAACACUGACGUCAUCCAAUGUGGGAUAAGUACCACAUACACAUUGACAUCAUCCAAUGUGGGAUAAACAUCACAUAAACACUGACGUCAUCCAAUGUGGGAUAGAUAAGUACCACAUAAACACUGACGUCAUCCAAUGUGGGAUAAGUAUCACAUAAACACUGACGUCAUCCAAUGUGGAAAACGUGUAAAAAUACAUGGAAAAACGCUCACUUUAUAUUAAUGGAUCGUGUUGCAGUUGUUCAAUAUUUGAAUAUGUUUUAUCAAUUACAUUUGUUUUGUUAAAUGAAACAAUAAUGACAAUACACUGGAAUGUACACUAUUUUGUUCAAAAUGGUGCACUUCCUGCUCCUC